AUGGAGGUCUUCAUUCUUCUCCACACACCUGCCAGGUAUCUGCGAAAAGCGUGUGACAGAUUCGGCUGUAAUCUGGAACUUUCGGAGCAGAUGGUGUUGGAGUGUGUUGCUCAAGGAUCGUGUUUCUCCACCCCACCCUUUCAACAUUAUUCUUUUUUGAGUGUCAUUCGUUGUCAAGCCGCCAAAGUGGAGAGUGUGGUUGCAGAGGGGGGUGCUUCUCGUUUCAGUGCUUCUUCGGCAGGAGGAGGAGGAGGUCGGGGUGCGCCUCAGCAUCAUCCCACUACUGUCGGCAACAGCGAGUUCCUGGGGAAAACCCCAGGGCUUAGCGUUCAGAGAUGGGUUCCUUCACGAAGCACUAGACGAGAUGUCAGCUCCUCAAACGAAAAAGAACACCACGAUGCAAUCUUCAGAAAAGUGAGAGGCAUACUUAAUAAACUGACCCCUGAUAAGUUUGACAAGCUAUGCCUUGAGCUUCUGAAUGUGGGCGUGGAUUCAAAGCUCGUCCUCAAAGGAAUCAUCUUGCUGAUUGUAGACAAAGCCCUUGAAGAGCCCAAGUAUAGUUCGCUAUAUGCUCAGCUAUGUCUGCGUUUGGCAGAGGAUGCUCCAAACUUUGAUACCCAACCAUCUGAGAUCCAGUCAUCACAAAAGCAGAACACUACGUUCAGAAGACUUCUGAUCUCAAAGCUUCAGGAUGAAUUUGAAAACCGCACCAGAAAUGUUGAUAUUUAUGACAAAAACGACAACCCUCUUACCUCUGAAGAGGAGGAGCAGCGUGCCAUUGCCAAAAUCAAGAUGCUGGGCAACAUCAAAUUCAUUGGGGAGCUUGGCAAGCUCGAUCUCAUUCACGAGUCUAUCCUUCAUAAGUGCAUCAAAACACUUCUGGAAAAGAAGAAGAGAGUCCAGCUUAAAGAUAUGGGCGAGGAUUUGGAGUGCCUCUGUCAGAUAAUGAGGACUGUGGGGCCUAGACUUGAUCAUGAGAAAGCAAAGUCUUUAAUGGAUCAAUAUUUUAGCCGCAUGCUAUCCUUAAUGAACAACAAGGACUUGCCUGCGAGAAUUCGUUUCCUGCUGCAGGAUACCGUGGAGUUGCGAGAGAACAACUGGGUGCCUCGGAAAGCUUUCAUCGAUAACGGACCUAAGACCAUCAACCAGAUCCGUCAGGAUGCAGUGAAGGAUCUGGGUGUGUUUAUUCCAGCUAUGACUCCAGGAAUGAGGUCUGACUUAUUUCAAGAUGCCGCCUUCUUGCAAACACGACUGACCAGGGAGAUUCUCGGGGGAUUGGCUGAUAUGUUUGGACAAAUGCCAGGUUGUGGGAUUGGAACUGGACCUGGGGUUAUUCAAGACCGGUAUUCGCCCACCAUGGGACGUCAUCGCACAAACCCGCUCUUCAACGGCCACGGUGGUCACAUAGCUCCCGCUCUUCAGUCUCAGUUUGACAAGCCUUUCAUGAAAUCCAAUCAGGGACAGAAUCUGCUUUUCCAGAACCAGAUUCAGCAGCAAGCCCAGUCCAAGGACGUGCCACCACGUUUCAGCAAGAAAGGACAGCUCAACGUCGAUGAGAUUAGCCUGAGACCGGCUCAAUCGUUUCUGCUGAACAAAAACCAAGUGCCAAAGCUGCAGCCACAGAUUCCCAACAUGAUUCCUCCCAGCGCUCAACCUCCCCGCACAUCCACCCCUCCGCUUGGACAGCCUCCACAGCUUGGCCUGAAGACAAAUCCACCUCCCAUUCAGGAGAAACCUCAGAAGGCGAGCAAGAAACCACCUCCUGCUAAAGAGGAACUGCUGAAGAUGAGUGAGACUAUUAUUAAGGAGUAUCUGAACAACAAGAAAUUGAGCGACGCUGUGAACGGGGUGAGGGAGAUGAGGGCGCCUAAACACUUCCUGCCUGAGAUGUUGAGUAAGAUCAUCGUGUGCUCAUUGGACAGCAUGGAUGAAGAUAAGGAGCAUGUUAGCAGUCUGUUCCACGCACUGCGUACUGAGGGCCUCAUCACCGGGGAGAACUUCAUGCAGGCUUUCCUUAACGUUUUGGACCAGUGUCCUAAGCUUGAGGGUGACAUUCCCCUGGUGAAGUCCUAUCUGGCUCAGUUUGCUGCACGUGCCGUCAUCGCCGACCUCAUGAGCAUCGCAGACUUGGCCCAUCCUCUGGAGAACGGUGUGCACUUCCCUCUCUUCUUGCUUUGCCUGCAGCAAACCGCCAAGCUGAAGGAUAAGGAGUGGCUCGCCGACCUGUUCCAGCAGAGCAAGGUCAACAUGCAGAAGAUGCUGCCAGAAAUAGACCAAAACAAAGACCGCAUGUUGGAGAUUUUGGAAGGGAAGGGUCUGAGCUUCCUGUUCCCGCUCAUGAAACUGGAGAAGGAGCUGCUGAAGCAGAUCAAAGCAGACCCCGCACCCCAAACCAUCUACAAGUGGAUCAAGGACAACAUUUCACCCAAGCUUCACACCGAUAAGGGUUUCGUCAACAUUCUGAUGACCAGCUUUUUGCAGUACAUUUUCCACGAGAUUUAUUUGAACGAAACCGACGAGCAGCUGUCCUCACCUUCGAAAGAACAGCUGGACCAGGAGAAGCAGCUGCUGUUCGCUUUCAAACCAGUGAUGCACAAGUUCCUGCACGAUCACGUGGAGCUGCAGGUCAGCGCCCUGUACGCGCUGCAAGUGCACUGCAACGCCAAGGCCUUCCCCAAAGGAAUGUUGCUGCGCUACUUUGUCAACUUUUAUGAUAUGGAAAUAAUUGAAGAAGAAGCCUUCCUUGCAUGGAAAGAAGAUAUUACACAAGAAUUUCCUGGCAAAGGGAAAGCGUUGUUCCAGGUGAACCAGUGGCUGACCUGGUUGGAGACUGCUGAGGAAGAGGAGUCUGAAGAAGAGGCUGACUGAGCUGACAAACCAGCCCAAAGCCUUAACGGUCUACUUAAGAUCUCGCCUGGAACUCGCCUUUCGAACCCGCUGUCAUCAUGUAUACGUUUUUGGGUUUUUUUUUUUUUUCUUCUUCCCCUUCAUCUUAAUUUUUUUUUUUUCUAUCAACCCUUUGCUUCGUUCCCUGAUUUACAACACUUCAAUCCUCGCACCUUCGUCAUUUAAAGUAUGUAAUGGUUUACUAGGUUUAAAACAAACCCCUAAGAAACGGUAUUAGCGGCGUGAUCCUGCUCGUGUUUGCUUUUAAAGACCACGUAUUUGCUAAAGCCUUUUUUUUUUUUUCUUCUUCGUUUCUUCUCUCCUGCUGCUGUAACACAAGCGCAGAAACGCACUUUGUGCUCAGUGUCAUGAGCUGUUGCAAUACGCUCCCCCGAUUGUUACAAGGAUCCCACGACUGUAAUCAUCAUGCAGUUUGUUUCUACCUCUUUAGCCAUGGGUUUAGCACGCUGGGUUGAAUCAAGUCCCUCCUUCAAAUAGGUGGAGUUCUCCAAACCUGCACAGUGCUUGAGUCUAGGGGGGGGAAGCCCCACCUCCCUCCAUCUCUGAUCUGAUUGUGACAAAGGAAAGCCAUGUGGGAGAUGAGUUCAACAGCGCUCUCUCUCUCACAUCCUUUUUUUUUUUUAAGCCAAUCUGUCCCCUCCAUUACUUGUCAAACGUUGAUACUUGAAAGUUUUUUUUUUUUUUGUUUUUUUCUCUCCACCUUCUUUACAGCAUGUUCAGGGAUUUACCAAACAUAGCCUAUUUCAGAUGCAGCAACCAUCGAGCGACUCGACGACACACAAGCAUACAUUUUUAGACGUUAAAAAGAAAAAUGGAGGGGGGGAAAAUAAACUUUUUAAUUCGUGAAAUAAAGGUAAAAGGAAAUCGGAACCGCCGUCGACUUUGAGAACCACUCGGCUUAUGAAAACCUAAGACUGUUUCCAUAAUAUCUAAUACAGAUAUUUAUUGAACUCUAUCAUGACUAAAAGAAAACGACUGAUGCUUUAUCUGUAGGUAGAACAAUAAAAACGGACGCACACGUGGUAUACGCCUGUACAAUGAAUUACUUGCUAUUUAAAGUGUUACUGUAAGAUGUAAGAGCGCUGAAUGUUGUGUACCACUCGCUUAACUUUCAAUAAAGUUACACAUCACAA